UUUUCAGUUGAUCACGGUGGCUGUGGGCGAAGUGACGUGUUUCGAGCAGCAUUGAAUUGUUGUUAUUUGUUUACGUUCUUAUUUUUGUUGGCAAACCUUUUGAGAACUGAAUCCGAUUCGCGUUUACAGUCGCUGCCACAGCAGCAAAUCUCUUGCACCAUGGCAGCAGCGCAUCAGUUAACCCGAACAACCCAACUGCUUCUACUUUGCAGCCUGCUGUGGACACAGGCGCCUCGUCCGGUCAUGUCCAGUCUGUUGAGCGCUCAAACGGAAGAUUUUAUCGACUGGUGGCAGCACGCGGUCUUCUACCAGAUCUAUCCCAGAUCCUUUAAGGACAGUAACGGCGAUGGCAUCGGCGACUUGCAGGGCGUUAUCUCCAAGCUGCCGUAUCUAGCUGAAACGGGUAUUACAGCGACCUGGCUGAGUCCCAUUUUUCAGUCACCCAUGGUGGACUUUGGCUAUGAUGUAUCUGACUAUAAGUCUAUACAAACGGAGUAUGGAACUAUGGCCGACUUUGAGCAGCUGGUGAACACGGCUACCAGUCUGGGCAUCAAGAUAAUCUUGGACUUUGUGCCCAAUCACACUUCGGAUAAGCACGAAUGGUUCAUAAAGUCAGCGGCUCGGGAUCCCUUGUAUGACAACUUUUAUGUAUGGGCAGAUGGGAAACUGGAUAAUCAGGGUGUUCGACAGCCACCGAACAACUGGCAGUCCGUGUUCUAUGGCUCCGCCUGGCAAUGGCAUGAGCAACGCGGGCAGUACUAUUUGCACCAGUUCGCCAAGGAGCAGCCAGAUCUUAACUUUCGCAACCCGGCCGUGGUGCGUGCUAUGGAUGAUGUUCUGCUGUUCUGGCUUAAUAAAGGUGUGGCUGGUUUUCGCAUUGACGCACUCAAUCAUUUGUUCGAAGAUGAAACCCUGCCCGAUGAGCCACUUAGUGGCAAGACAACGGAUCCCCUCUCUUACGACUAUACGAAGCACAUCUACACCAAAGAUUUGCCUGAGGUUUUGAGCAUGGUGCAGCACUGGCGGCAGCUGUUGGACGAUUAUACCGCCAAGCACUCGGAAGGUGCCACGCGCAUCAUGAUGACAGAGGCGUAUGCCGACUUGCAGGUGCUCAUGGACUACUAUGAGGAUGCCGGCGGAGUGCGCGGCUCCCAAUUGCCCUUCAAUUUUCACUUUAUUACGGAUGUGAGCGGAGAUUCGGAUGCCCGUGACUUUGUAUACAAUAUAGAGAAAUGGCUGAUCUACAUGCCUCGCGGGCACACUGCCAAUUGGGUCAUGGGCAACCACGAUAAACCGCGUGUCGCCACGCGUUUUGGCCCCGCCAGUGUCGAUGCCAUGAACAUGCUGCUGCUGACACUUCCCGGCGUUGCUGUUACCUAUAAUGGCGAGGAGCUGGGCAUGCAGGACUAUGACGAAAUCAGUUGGGAGGACACGGUGGAUCCGCCAGCGCGCAUUGCCGGUAAACUGGACUAUAAGAAAGUGUCCAGAGAUCCGGAGCGUACACCCUUUCAGUGGAGCAAUGCUACCAAUGCUGGUUUCUCCACUGCUGCCAAGACAUGGCUACCCGUAAAUCCCAACUAUCUGGUGUUGAAUCUAGAAGCGCAAAAGCAAGCCGUCAAAAGCCACUACAAAGUCUACAAAUCGCUGAUUGAGCUACGCAAGUUGCCGGUGCUGAGACGUGGAAGGUUUAGCAUAGAGCCGCUAUCCCGCACAGUUUUCGCGUUUAAGCGUACCCUGAAGGACUACGACACACUCGUAACCAUCAUCAAUGUGAGCGCUAAGGAGCAGUUGGUAAAUCUAACAGACUUUAUCAAUCGGCCUCAAAAGUUGGUGGUGGAAGUGGCAGGUGUUGAUUCAGUUUAUGCACCUGGUGAUUCUAGUUUUUUGGCCAACAAUCGCAGUGACAAACCCCAAUUGCGACUUGCGCCUCGCGCUGGCCUUGUUUUGAGCUAUGAGCAGUCGGGCAUGAGUAAACAACGUCGUCUUUUGGUUAAACAAAUCAUCAAAUCUUUUAACGUGGUGCUAGUAGCUUUGCUAAUGUACAAUUUGUGGCGUCACAAGUGGACUAAAGUUAAUUUCAAUUAGCCAUUUUGAUGCAUUGAUUUUUGUUGCGGCCGUUGAUUGAUUAAUUAAUUAAUAAAAUACACCAGAAAAAAAGCGUAAAUAAAAGAGCAUCGCUAGCCAA